AUGGCCCUCUCCCUGCGGGCCAUCUCCUCCCUCUCCUCCCUCUCUCUCCUCCCCUCCUCCAAACAGCCCUACCGAUACCGAUCCCUCGCCUACAUCGCCAUCAUCGCCAGCGUCCUCUUCGUCCUCUGCCGCCUCUACCUCUUCCCCGACGACGACCUCCUCGCCCUCGGCAGCCUGCACGACUCCCCCGAGCGCCACGCAUUAUGCGCCGCCCACGGCUUCGCCCCCUACCCGUCCGGCGGCGACGGCACCGCCCGCCGCAAGAUCUACGACAUCACCAUGGUCAACACGGAGCUCGACUGGCUCGAGAUCCGCCUCGACGCCCUGUACGACGAGGUCGACCUCUUCAUCAUCGUCGAGUCCCCCACCACCUUCCACGGCCACGCCAAGCCCAUGCUCGCCAAGGAGAGCUGGCACCGCUUCGCCCGCUACCACGACAAGAUGCUGCACCACGAGCUCGAGUUCCCCAGCGGCUUCCGUCCCCGCCGCACCUGGGACUUUGAGCGCCUCCAGCGCGACGCCGGCUACGAGCAAGUCUUCCCCAAGCUGAUAUCCGGGGGUGACCGCGCCCCGCGCCUCGGCGACGUCCUCGUCGUCGCCGACGUCGACGAGAUCCCCCGCCCCGAGACCCUCCGCGUCCUCCGCGCCUGCGCCUUCCCCCGCCGCCUCACCCUCGCCUCCCGCUUCUACUACUACUCCUUCCAGUUCCUCAGCGUCGGCCCGGAGUGGCACCACCCGCAGGCCACCUUCUACGACGGUCCCGGCGCCCGCACCCUCGCCCCCAACGACCUCCGCGACGGCCAAGGCGGCAACUUUGUGUCCCGCUGGCGCGAGUCGGCGCGGUACGGGAACGCCUCCUGGCACUGCAGCAGCUGCUUCGACUCCAUGGACAUGUUCCUCAACAAGAUGGCCAGCUUCUCCCACAAGUGGAUGAACGGCGCCCAGUACCGCGACCGCGACCGCAUCGCCGACGCGGUCCGCGACGGCGUGGACAUCUGGGGGAGGCGCUCGUCCACGUUUGAGCGCCUCGACGGCAAUCAGGACCUGCCACCGCUGGUUCGUGAUGAUCCGAGGUACGUCUACCUCCGCGACCGCAGCGGCAAGUCGGCCGGCAUGAAGGACUACCCUUGA